CCCAGAGACGCGCCCAUGGGGCCUAUGCGACCAAUCGACCCCCUCUACGCAGGUGGCCGCAUGGCACACUAUGGCCCUGAAGGUACCAUACUUGCCCCAGCGUCGGCGCCAGUGCAGGCUGCCCCUACUCCAGUACCCGCUGCGGGUUAUGCUCAUUACUGGUCUCAGCAGGCUCCUCAUCCUCCGCCGCCCGCUCUGGCUCCCGCGCCCGCUCCGUCGCCGGCUAUGAUCCAAGCACAGGCUCCCCCGGCUCCGGGGCCCGGCACGCCAUACUCUCAUGGCUACUGGUCGCAACAAGCCCCGCCUCCGCCGGCUCAGCUUCCCCCUCCAUCUCCGGCUAUGGCGCAGGCACAGGGACCGCCGCCGCCGCAGCAGCACCACCACCACCAUCACCAACACCAGCAGCAGCAUUACCCACAGCCCCCUCCACCCAGGAUGCCCUUCUCUGCUGAAUCACUCCCGCCGCAACCACUGCCGCCUCUCCGCCCCCCUCGGGGUCGUUCUCAGCCUGUCCAGGACGACAUGCUGCGUGAUCCGAUGAUGAGGCCGGCUCCUCAUGGCAUGAACAACUACUAUCCCCCUGGUCCCCCACGACCCUACCACCAUGGUUACCCGGCUCCUGAGCCCCUGGGCCCUAUGCCACCACUUGCGCAGGACAGGAUCCUGCCCGCCCCCCAGCCACAGCAAUCAUACAUGGGACCGACUGGCCCCGGCUCUGGCUACGCGCCUCAGAUGCCUUCGCCGACCUUUGGCCAACCCCAACCAAUGCCUGGUCCCAUGGGACAGAGCCCUCCCGGGACACCCCAGGGGCCCCCCGGCUCGAUGCACCGCCAUCGGUCCACGCCCUCGGGCUCCUCCGAUGCUGGAACCGGCAAAUAUCGCAAACUACAGCCCGCCCCGGUGCCCGCUCACCGAACGUGGUCAAGCAAGCCGGAGCUGAAGACCAUCCCAUACGACCAUAAAGAGACGGGAGCAUCGGCUGCCCUUCCGAAGUCUGGCCCGACGCAAAUUAGAGGUUGGAACGUCAACCAGCAUCGGAAGCGGAGCAAAGCCAACCAGCAAGGCACAGGCGAAGCGGGAACCGACCAGACUGAUUCCAGAUAGAGAUUGGAAACACCCGGUCAACCAGCGCCUCAGGGCGCCCUUGUGAACUCUCAGGCCACGGCUCCUCAUCCCGCGGCUCCUCACCCCAACUGGUCCGUUCGCUUUGCGGAGCCAUUCACUCUCCCACCUCUAUUCCCACGCGCCACGAAUUCAGCUCGGCCGCGCACAAUGGCUCAGGACAUGGACCUCGAGCCAACCCCCCCGACGUCUCUCGAAAAUUCCACCGUUUCCGUCGAGCAAGCCGCUGCUCCAGCUGAGCCAGCGCCCACACAACCAGCACCCACACAACCAGCACCCACACAACCAGCACCCACACAACCAGCACCCACACAACCAGCACCCACACAACCAGCACCCAC